AUGGAUAUACACGACAUAGGGCUGUCUGUGCUUCACGAGCCUAGUGACUGUAUCGCAGAUAUUGUCUUUGUUCAUGGCUUGCAAGGCCAUCCUCGAAGAACUUGGACAGCAAAAGAAAUACCCACGACUAAAGACGAACCUCGCCGAAGUCUCAAAAAUAUAUUUUCCAGAGGCAAACCCAAAGCCAGAGUUUCUCAGACAAAACUAACUGAACAAGAGGUAUACUGGCCUUUGGAUCUUUUGCCAAAUGAUUGCAAUAACACGAGAAUAUUUACUUGGGGUUAUGAUUCUGUCGUUGCCAAGUUCUUUAGAGGCCCGACAAACCAGAACAACAUUUUCGCAUAUGCAAAGGAUCUUCUUUACUUGCUAAGCAACAAGCGUCUAGAUUGUAAAGAACGUCCCCUUGUCUUUAUUGCACAUUCUAUGGGUGGAAUUAUCGUGAAAGAUGUGAUACGGCGCGCUGCGAUUGAACCCGAUAAGAAUCUGAGUGACAUCUAUCUUUCUACAAUAGCAAUUUUUUUUCUUGGUACCCCUCACCGCGGUAGUCAAAUGGGUGAAUUAGGUGAGGUUGUGCGUAGAAUCGUGUCCGCUGUGGGCUUUAGUACGAACGAUCAAAGCAUCCGGAAUCUUCAAUUCAACAGUUCGGACCUCGAAAUCAUCCAUGAAGGGUUCAUUUCUUUAUAUGAGCGGCCAAAUCGACAUUUUGAGGUUUGCACAUUUCAAGAAGCACAAGGAAUGACAGGAGUUGUUGAAAACAUCUCAUCUACUCUUACGGGAAGUGAGCGAAUUCAGACUAUCAACGCGAAUCAUAUGUCUAUGUGCAGAUUUGCUGACAGGACCGAGGAUGGUUACCAGAAAGUGGUGGGUGAACUGCAACGAUGCUUAUCACUCAUAAAGACAAAAUCACUUGCAAGGAGUACGGAUAACAAAAACACUGGGUUACCACCGAAGGCAUCACCCAGUCAAAAGACUUCUGCAUCCUCGGUCUAUUCACUGAACGAGACUGAACGUCUUUGUAUAUCUUUAUUCAAUAAGCCAGAUAUGUUGGAGUAUCAGUCUAUUUUGCCUAGCCGCGUCGAGGGCACUUGUGAAUGGGUGCUCACAAAUCCACAAUAUGUCCGUUGGUCAUCAGAAAAAGAGGCCUGUCUUUUGUGGGUUAGUGGAAAUUCUGGCAGUGGUAAGACUAUCUUGUCAGCAUUUCUACUCGAAAAUCUUGGAUCUAGCAUUUCUUCAGCAGGUACCAAACUGAUUGUUUGCUGCUUCUUUUGUGACGAGAAGAUUGAAGCGCAGAGAGAUGCGAAAGCCAUUAUUCGUAGUCUCAUCUAUCAGAUUAUUGUACGAAGACGCAUCUUGGUGAAACAUGUCAAGGCGGCAUAUGAUAUGCAAGGAGCUCAUUUGACAGAUAACUUCAAUGAACUCUGGAGAAUAUUUACGGCUAUAACAAACGAUCGAAAAGCUGGUCAUAUAAAUGUCAUUGUUGAUGCUAUCGAUGAAUGCGAAGAGAAUACGAGAGAUCGCUUGUUGAGAGCAAUUGCAUCACUUGUGAACCAAAAAAACUCUUCUGGUACAUAUGCUAUAAAAUUUCUAAUCACCAGUCGACCUCUGUUGUGGCGUCAAUAUGCGUUGGCGCGCGAACGCACCGAGUAUACUCUAUCAAUUGAGAACCUCAACUCGAACAACGAAAGCGAUCUUAAUUUAGUCAUACGGACAAGAAUUGAUGCAAUAGUAAGAAGGACGCAGUGCCGCCCUGAAACAAGAGAGUUUUUGGAACAUGCUUUAUAUUCACGAGCCGACCAAACCUUCCUCUGGGUGACUGUAAUUCUCCAUAUCCUAGAGAGGACAUACCUUGCUUCCCAGAAUGAUUUUCAGCGGAUCAUUAACAAACUCCCAAGUGGCUUAACAGCUACUUACGAGCGCUUUUUAUUGAGCAUUCAUUCGGAUUAUCAGAUCAUAGCAAACAAGCUACUGCAUUUUAUUGUUGGUAGCAUGCGCUCACUUUCACUAGACGAACUUCGAAUUCUACUGGCUAUCCAACCCCACCAUCGAAAUAUGGAGCAAGUCGAGGGGGAGUGCCAACCUAAUAUCAGCGAAACUAUCCAGGGCAUACUAGGUCCGUUGGUACGAAUAUCCGAUAACAAAGUGUCCCUCGUGCACCAGUCUGCUAAAGAAUUCCUGCAAAACCUUUGGACUUGGAAGGAUAAUCCUUUAUCUCAAAUGUUCGGCGUCAAAGUCGAGGAAGCCAACUACUUACUGGCUGAGGCAACGAUGUCAUAUCUUCUAUUAGACGAUUUUGCGGUCGAUAAGUUCGCGCAUGCGACUGAUGUUGACUCACCUAGUAGUGCACAACAUGAGGACGAGGAUACUGUCUGGGACGCAUUUAAACUUGAGGGAGACAUCACUCUCCAAGAAAUUGAAUAUACAGGCUACCGUACAUACCAAAACAUAGCCGCUGCUCAUGCCCUCUUCGAUUACUCUGCUCGAUAUUGGUCAGAGCACUAUUCGAGGUCAGGGUCAGCGAAGAAAAUUGCUUUCAACUCUGCCUUCAGUCUACUGAACACGAGUCAGAAUUGGGCCAAGAAUUGGUUUCGUUACUUCUGGUUUUUUGCAGAGCCAGAGUGUUUAUAUCCUUCUAAAUUCGAUACAUUGAUUGCCACAUCCUACUUUGGUCACGUUGAAAUACUGGAUGCGGUAUUAGCAAGAGAUUAUAAGCACGAUCAGAAUAUCACAGAAACGGCUGUGUAUUGGGCAUCUAGGAAGGGCAACUUAGAGAUUAUUGAUGUUCUAAAAACUCGGGUUUGGCAGGGCAUGACUGUCUCAAUAGCACUACAUCCUCUGAUCGUCGCAGCUCAAUAUGGAUGUCUGGAAGUUGUAAAACUGUUUCUCAAUCUUGAUAAGAUAGAUCCAAAUGUUCAAGGCAUUGGAGGCCGAGACUCAUUGUCACUGGCAGCUAGUAAUGGCCAUGUUGAUAUCGUCAAAGCAUUGCUUGAAGAUUCUCGCGUACAAUUGGACGUUCAAGAUGUGAACAAAUGGACGCCAUUCUUUUGGGCCGUUGGCGGUAAGCACCUAGAUAUCGUGCGGUUAUUCUCACGAAAUCCUGGCACAGAUGUUAAUCAUGUUGAUAAAAGAGGGCGGAACGUGCUCUCUUGGGCGGCUGAAAGUGGUGAAACCCAAAUUGUUAAACAUUUGUUGACGAUAGAUCGACUGCACUGUCAGAACCAAGAUCUCUCUGGACGAGAUGCCUUAUCGUGGGCUGCUGCGGCUGGGCAUCUAGAGGUAAUUAAACUGUUACUCGAGAGUAGAAAACUAAAGAUUUCUGGUAAGGAUAAAGAUCAGAGGAACGCGAUAUCAUGGGCUGCAGGUGGUGGGCACUAUGAGAUUGUCGACUACCUCAUCAAAUGCAACGGCGUAGGAGCUGAUGCAGAAGAUGUUGACGGGUGGACACCACUAGCAUGGGCGCUAGAAAAAUCCGAUCCGAGAACCGUUCAAGUGCUCUUAUCAUCAGGAAAAGUAGACGCAAACCGAAAAGACAAAAAUGGACGCACUCCACUCUCUUGGGCGGCAGCGUUAGGUCUCGAGGAUAUUGUGCGUGUGAUCGUUGAUGUUGAGGGGAUUGAUAUAUAUGCACGGGAUGGGGAUAACCAAACACCAAUGUCGAGAGCAGAAGCAUUUGGGCACGUAAGUAUUGUAGAUAUUCUGAAGAAUGCACGCAAAGACGCAGCAUAG